AUGGAUUUCCCUCCAAAGCACAUCAAUAUCUAUGUGGACCAGCACGGUUUUUUUGGAAAGUACUGGGAUGUUGUAUGGGGAGAACCAGGAAAUAAAGGGAAUUCCGACGAGCUGAAAGCAACAACUUUUAAUGUUAUAGUACAUAAUGAGAACCAAAUUGAAGUUUCUUUUUCAUGGAAAUGGGAUAUUUCUCUUAAAGGCAAACGCCCGCCUAUGAAUUUAGACAAAAGGUAUAUUAUGUUGAAAGAUUCUUCCGGUUUCUAUACGUACACAAUUUUGGAUCAUCGGAGAGAAUUCCCAGAGUUAAACCUCGAAGAAUCCAGGGUUGCUUUCAAUCUCAGAUCAGACAUGUUUCACCACCUGACCGUAUCAGAUACAAUGCAAAGAGAGAUGCCUGCUUACGUGGAUCGCCAAAAAGGUCAACCUUUAGCCUAUCCUGAAGCAGUUUUGUUAACAAAUCCAGUCAAUCCAGUUCAUAAAGGAGAGGGCUAUCAGUUUUGGACUAAAGCCAACAUGGAUGGAUCGUUUUUGAUCCCAAAUGUUCGUGCCGGGGAAUAUAAUCUUUUUGCACGGGUUCCUGGUUUUAAUGGAGAUUUUAAGCACAACAUUAGCAUUAAGAUAUCCCCAGGAAUCAAUCAGGAUUUGGGUAAGGUUGUAUAUGAACCUCCAAGAGCUGGUCCAACAUUGUGGGAGAUAGGCUUUCCUGAUAGAUCUGCAGCUGAGUUCCGGGUGCCUGAACCUGAUGAAAAAUACAUGAUCAAAUUGUUUGUUAAUCGUGAAGACUGGUUCCGGCAGUAUGGGACAUGGGAGCAGUACUCAGAAAUGUAUCCAACUACAGAUCUCAUCUUCACUAUUGGUGUUAGCCGGCACCAGAGAGAUUGGUUCUACGCGCACGUGCCAAGGAAACUGGGUGACAAAUAUGUUCCAACAACAUGGAGCAUUGUAUUCGAAAUCAACAAUGUCUUACCAUCCGGAACAUAUAAACUUCGGAUAGCAAUUGCAUCUGCUACUUAUGCUGAAUUACAGGUUGGUCUGAAUGACGAUAAAAAAAGUAAGGCCCCUCUUCACAACUGGAAGAUUAGGAAGAGACAAUGCUAUUGCAAGACACGGCAUUCGUGGUCUCUACUGGUUAUAUACAGUUGACAUACCAGGUAAUCUACUUCGCCAAGGCGAAAACACAAUAUUCUUAACACUAGAAAGAAUAUUGAAAUUCAAUGGUUUCAUGUAUGAUUACAUUCGCUUGGAAGGACCUGGUGGCAUCAUGUUGUCAUGACCACCUCUCUUGUUGUAAUAAGUAAAAAACGUUACCGAGUCAGACUCGGUACCAGGGGUAGAAAAGAAUCUCCUCAAUACUACCGAGACUGGCUCCCUUGGUAAUCUGUAUAUGACCUUCAAAUUUCAAAUAAGUUUGUGAUUCUUUUUAGUUU